ACUCGAGCGAGGCUCAGCAACGGCUAAUUCCCGGCUUUCCGGAUUUCGGGAUAUCGAAAUUGGGAUUGCCGGGAUUUGCUGGUUUUUCAGGGAAUCUCCGGAAGUUCCCGAAAUUCUUCUGGUUGCAGAUGAGAAAGGUGCAUGAUGAGAUAACCAGUGUAGGAAUUUCGGACGCUUUCCUGUUUGGCGCUGGAUUGUUUUGAUCCCCUUUUCGGAACCUAGGCCGUAAGCAGCAUUAAUAUUUUUACAGUGUUUUGAUCGGUUCCGAGGACGGGAUCCGGAGCCGUGGGGAGGAGGGACGGAUUUCCUUGAUCCCGUUUGUGAAGACGUCUGAACUUAUACCUCGCCUGGUAGAUUGUCUGUGCUUCGGAUUUCUAUCUGAGAUUUUUUGUUUCUGAUCGAUUAGUCGUUCAAAACUUAAGGUUCCACUGCAAGAGUAAUCGAAAUUGCGCAUUCCUUUCGAUUCCGAGGAAAGGACUGAAGAGGAAGGAGGUAGACUAUCACGUUGGUCGUUUUUUUUUCUUUGAUAUUUUGAGUCAGAAUCUAUUGAUUUUUAUCAAGAGGAGACUCAUUGUUGAGACAUUAGCGACCGUUUGAGUUGAGUUCAGGAUGAAGGCAGUAACGAAGCACGCUGCGAUGGAUGACGAUAAUGACAGGUUGCCGGUCACAGUGAUGAACUUCUACACAUCAUGCAGCAAGGAGUGGCCUUCUCUAGGGAUAGUCCAAGUGGUCUAUGUUCUUAUCAUUUUCAUGGCCGGGGUCGUCCUCGGUUUGACGGGAAGCGCGCAUCUGAUGCAAUACCUGACCCACGAUGAGCUCUUUCAGCAGCCUCACCCUCUUGUGCGAGAUAGUUGCAGGCCGGGGCUCGGCAGUGGCGACUGCCAGGGCUUGGAAAGCCUGAUCAGGCCACCCAGCAGACAGGUGCACAACAUGAGCGACGACGAGCUGCUCUGGCGGGCCUCAAUGGUGCCGAUGAAGGAGGAGUGCCCGUUUGAGAGGAAGCCCAAGGUUGCCUUCAUGUUCUUGACGAAGGGCUCGCUGCCACUGUUGCCACUGUGGGAGGAGUUUUUUAGACGGCACAGAAAGGAGCUGUACUCCAUUUAUGUUCAUACACCUCCGGGCUAUGAGCUUGAUGUCUCUGUCACUUCUCCUUUCUACGAUCGCCAGAUUCCGAGUCAGGAGGUUGAGUGGGGAGCUAUAAACAUGGUAGAUGGUGAGAGGAGGCUGCUAGCUAACGCAUUGCUUGAUUUCUCAAAUGAGAGAUUUGUUCUUCUCUCAGAGAGCUGCAUCCCUGUCUAUGAUUUUGCCAGAGUCUAUGAUUACCUGAUCAACUCAGAGCACAGUUUUGUGCAGUCUUAUGAUGACCCAUCUGGUAAUGGUCGCGGUCGAUAUAGAUGGGGAAUGCGACCUGAUAUCAAGCUCAGCCAAUGGAGGAAAGGUUCUCAGUGGUUCGAAAUCAAUCGUCGAGUGGCCAUCAAGAUCGUUUCUGAUACAAAAUACUUGUCUAUCUUCAGAAUGCACUGCAAGCCACCCUGUUACCCAGAUGAGCAUUACGUGCCAACUUACUUGAACAUGUUCUCCGGCUCGUUGAAUUCCAACCGCAGUCUCACAUGGGUCGACUGGUCGAAAGGCGGACCGCACCCGGCAAAGUAUGAAGGAGUUAACAUCACUGAAAAUUUCAUCAGUUUGAUACGGAAUAAUGGUACCAACUGCGUCUACAACAACAAGCUGACUUCUGUUUGCUAUCUCUUUGCAAGGAAGUUCGCCCCAAGUGCAUUAGAACCUUUGCUGAACCUCACGUCGUCACUAAUGAGAUUUUGAUUCGAUUUGAUUCGAUUCAAGGUUUUAUUGAAAUUUGAUGUGCCAUUCUUUGGUUGACUUGCUCCAGUCAUUGAGUUUUCCACCAUGCCUGCGAUAUCAUCACUGGCUUCAGCUUUAGGCCAAUGGAAAUUGGUAACAACAGAUUAUAAUUACUUGAUGGUGAUCAACAGAAUUGCAAAAGAUUCUUUAUGCUUUCCUGCUUUGUUGACGACGCUGUAAGAAGCUGCUGCUGACCUCUGUUUGCUUCUGUUUUGCUUGUGCCCCUCUAUGUACAUAAUUCAUGUUCAUAAUCACAACUCUGUUGGCAGAA